ACUCCAGUCAGCAAAUCACUCAAAUUAGUCAGAGGACUAAGGAACUACUUAACCUUGGAAAAGAUUCUACACUGACAUCAACAGCGUUGGCGAAACCUAUUGAUGUGUUAAGAAAGAAUCCUUAUCCUGUAUUUGACUCACCGUCGAUUCCACAGUUACGUAAUUACCGCCUUGGGUCAUCGGACAGUGACGUAACAUCCAUUUCAAUGACGAGCGUCACAAAUUCCGAUGUUCAAACAUCGAGAGACUACGCUAGUCCUCCUGAACGGAUGAUGAAACUGAAUACCAACCCAUCAGUGUGUAAGCUGGGACCAGCUUCAGAAGCAAGUGUAUAUAACAGUAUGGAAAAUGUAGCUUACCCGCAAAUCGGUUUCCAAGUCCCCAAACCUAGAUUUAUCGCUAAAGCUGUGAGUACGGUAGAAGCUGUAGACAAUUUUUCGGCGCCUCUAGGAAAUUUGCAAGUUAGGCCGAAACAGCAAACGAAUAUUUUUGCUGAAGAUUUUAGGAGAACUUAUACAAAGGAAAUAUCGUACACGAAAGAUGGACCGAACAUUCGUCUCCCAUCGGAGCGAGAAGUUUCCGUUUCUACAGCUUCACAAGUCAGAGAAAGAUCUAGGAGUCCAGGUGUAGAUACUCGGAUGGCCGGGAGUAACUUGGGAGACCCGACAAUUGACUGGCUUCUGCAGAAGUAUAAGAAUUUGGAAAUUGAAUAUGACAAUGACAGCAUGGAAACUUCAGAACCAUUUGCGGAUUUGCCCCCGUCUUCGAAGUCAAACCGGAACCCAGCAUAUGACCGAUCGAUCUCGGAUUUAAAUUUCCCGGAAAAUGUGGGGAAUAAUUCUUACUACGAUGAAGAAGGCCGGUGCGAAUUUUCUGAUCUUCCUACCGCGGCGUACAAUGAUAGCGUAGAAUUUUCUGGCGGUGCUGAUAGUUCAUACCUUCAAGAUAAUUCUCAAGGCGUUGCUCGUCGUGACAUUCCGACUGGCAGGGUUUCUUUCGGCGAUGAUGUGAUAAACAUUUCACGGAUUGAAUCCGUGACAUCAAAGCAAAGAUUAUCAAUAUCGCCUGUCACCGAUCAAAACACGACGCCAUUUUCUUUGCCACCCUCUGGUCUAUCGGGUAGCCUAAUUGAAAUCCGAGGAGCAGGUCGCAAGACUUCGGAUGUAACAAUUGGAAACCAGGACUUGACGACUGUGACAUCGAUACAAACCCCGAUUAGUCAAAAAGAGACUUCGUCUUUGAAUAAUACCGCAAGCGGAAUAGGGCUCAAUUGUGAUCAAACAAAUCCGUUCACUCCUGAAACAGGAACAAAUCUGUCUUCACAAGCGUCGCCCCAAGACCACUCGACUCCGCACUCGGGACUAGAACAGAAACUAGAUGAGAUUUUAGAUACAAGCAGGUUCUCGAAUGCGUCUUCAAAAACUACCUCAUCUUUUACAGUUGUAGACGGAAAUGAAAUGGAAAUAGUGGAAGUGGAUUUCUCAAAGUACGCUUCAAAUAAAGAACAAAACCAAAAUAUGUCUCUAAGAGAGGAAAGAAUAAUGAGUCCAAUUAGCUCAUCGGGUGGUUCGAGUAAAAUAUCAAUCACCCCGGAAUCGAAUUUGAUCCAAAUUGAGAAACAGGUGAAAUCAAAUGCGCAUGUUACACCCGCUGCUGAUAUAUCGGGCAUAGUUCCAAGCUCGUCUGGAGGAACUAGGUCAGCGGGAACUAUGAGUCAAGUCCAGGGAUCUGGAAGUUCUAGCUCAAUGGUAUCGAUGUCACCGGAAUCCCAACUGGAUAAAACGUUGACAAGUGACCAGGAAAAGACGCCGGGACUCGGCAACUUGACAUCUAAUACGCCAAUUGUAACAUCGGCGCUGGCUGAAAGGAAGAUGAACUAUCCGUCUCAGCAGUUUGAACCGAUGCCUUCAAUUGAUCUAAUCGACUUCGACUCGACAAUGACUACUUCGCCAGACAAAGCUGUGAUCAAUGAAGACAACAACGAGUCUAAUAAGAGUGACGAUAAAAUGGAAAGUGGUCGCUUUUCGAUCUCUGGUAUUUCUGUCGGACUCGGCGAUCAUACUUUGUCUCCAGAAGGAAAUUCGAAAUGCAGCAAUAGAUCAGCUGAUACCCUGGAAGAACAAAGCGGCGAAAGACUGGAAACAAUUGCGCCAAGUGGGCAAAGCAAGUCUCUGGAUCAAUUCACAAAUAGUUCUCCCGAAACCCUGGAUGGAGACUCGCCCGAAACAAAUGCGUCAUCGGUUUCAACAUUGGCAGUCAAAGGAGCAUCGGAGGGCGUUUUGGAGUCGGUGGUUACUUUUUACCCUGGUAAAGAGCGACAUAAUUUAGUGGAAAGAGCGAACUUAGAAUUGAGUGCGAUCAAUGAAAGUAACGAUACGACACAGUCGUCAUUGGGCUUGAUGGAUGUUCACGCAGUUAACGCCUCUCUGUCGGAAACUAGAAUGAGUCAUGAAACUUCUCAGGAAACUGAAGCUUUUAAUUUGAUUCAGCUCACUCAGAAGUGGGCAGAUCAAUUGAAGCAGUAUAAAAUUCAAACUACAGAUCUAGACCCUGUUUCGAAUUCGGAGACGGAAGAAAUAAGUCGUCAAAUUAGAAGUGAACCGUCUCAGCCAAUGAGGAGGGAGGAAAGUGGCGGUGGUGAUUCGGUGUUUAAUAGGACAAACGAUUCGAGAAAGUCGGACCAGCAGGCUGAUGUCUCGUUAGCCGAAGAAUCGAAUGUUUUUUCGGUUGAGCAGCCUCGAAAGGGUUCUGGAUCUUGUGGAAAUGAGGAGAAAAAUCAGGUAGCAAAUAUGUCUGAUUGUGAUGUUAGUGGCUUUUCGCUACUGAAGGACAGGGAAUCAGUCAUAACUGCAACACCCUCCGUCGACAACUCACUGAAGAGCGACAAGCUACUGAAUGAUUCGCUUCUCUCGUUCCGUCGGCACGAGGAAGAACUCUUGAGAACUGACAUAACCCAAGACGACCUCGUUCUAUCAUUCAACUCGUCAGGUGUAAGGAGAUCCGUAGAAGCCGAGGCCUCUCUUAGACGAAGCAGAGAAAUGCCGAUUUUGACAAGAGACAUGGCUGAUGGUCUAGAAAAUGCGGAGGUGAAGGAUUUGGGGGGAGAAAAAUUAGACGUGGUGUUUGCUGGAGAAGACGAAGAAAGGGAAGUUCCGACAUUGCAGGAACUGUUCAAUGCUAGAAUGAAGAAGUUCAUGACGACAUCUAAAAUGCGACAGGAACAAGUGAAAAACAAUCCCGCAGCUAAUGCGACUUCUUUGACGCCAAAACAGGUGAUUAAACAGCGUUGGUCUGCAAACGUGAACAAUGGUAGAAAAUCCGCCCCUCCCCCUACUCGAACCAGCCCACCUGCAGAUAAACAACAACAAAAGGACAAAAAGGAAUUAAAGACAAAACAAGACCGAAAGGCAGAUGAAGAUUCGAACAAACAACGAACUAAGAAUCUGUACAACCAGUUGGAAGAAGUCAAAAAAGCAGAUGAGGCUAAAAGGAGAAAAGAACUUGCGGUUCAAAAUAGAAUUAAAGCACAGCAGUUUAGCAAGAAAAUAAGCAAGAAGAACCAAAAUAACGUAUCAUCGCCUUCUUAAACUUGACAGCAGUCGGCAAAAUUGUUGAUUAUAAACUUUGAAAAGGAAAUUGGUUUUUUUGCCGGACUCUAUUAUGUUGCCUAACUUGAUUGCUAACCAAUUCUGUGAAAGUGUGUUGAGUUUUAAAUAGGUUUCACUGAUAUUGUGUAAAUACUGUGAAGUUGUAAAUAGUUAUUUUUAGUUCAAUUUAAUCGAUUUCAAUA